UGCCUCACACGAGUCUGGCAGCAGAGUACUACCACCCGAUGGCCCUGCUGGCGGGCCACCGCAGCCCGUACACGACCGACCUUCUCCCGUCUGUGGCAACCGCGGCCGGGGCCAGCAGUGCCAGCGCCCUGCACAUGGAGUAUCUGCAGGCGAUGGAAAGCUCUCGUUUCCCAAGCCCAAGGCUCCCGGUACGGCCCAGCAGGAAGCGCCCCCUGCCCAUCUCGCCACUCUCCGAUCACAGCCUUGACCUGCAGAACAUGAUCCGCAACUCGCCCACCUCCAUCGUCAACCUGAUUAACAACUCCCGCUCCAGCUCCUCCACCAGUGGCUCCUAUGGUCACCUCUCCGCUAGAGCCAUCAGCCCAGUGUUAAGCUUCGCCUACCCUCCAACUCCAGUGGCUUUGCACGUGCACCAGCAGCUGAUGGGCCGUCAGCCGGGCAUCGUGGGCUCCGCCUUUGGUCACAGUCCGCCCCUAGUCCACCCGACUCCGGCCUUUCCCACGCAGCGAACCGUGCCCGGCAUCCCGUCGUCYGGGCUCAGCCUCAGCGAGCGCUCGGCCAUCUCCAACGACUCUUCACAGGCCAAGCCCACGAGUGAAUCGGCCGUGAGCAGCACAGGCGACCCGAUGCAUCACAAACGGUCCAAAAUGAAACCGGAGGAAGAGCUGCCGAGCCCAGGAGCUGUGAGCGUACAGGACCAUCCUGACGGGAUGACUUUGGUGAAGGAGGAAGGGGACAAGGAUGAGAGCAAACAGGAGCCAGAGGUGGUUUACGAGACAAACUGCCACUGGGAGAACUGCUGCCGUGAGUUUGACACCCAGGAGCAGCUGGUACAACAUAUCAAUAACGACCACAUCCACGGAGAGAAGAAGGAGUUUGUGUGCCGAUGGGAGGAAUGCUCUCGAGAACAGAAGCCCUUCAAGGCGCAGUACAUGCUGGUGGUCCACAUGCGCAGGCAUACUGGGGAAAAACCACACAAAUGCACAUUUGAAGGCUGUGCCAAGGCUUACUCACGCCUGGAAAACCUUAAAACUCACUUACGAUCCCAUACGGGUGAGAAACCAUACGUGUGUGAACACGAGGGCUGCAACAAGGCUUUUUCCAAUGCAUCAGAUCGGGCGAAACAUCAGAAUCGCACACAUUCAAAUGAGAAACCCUACGUGUGCAAAAUCCCAGGCUGCACAAAACGCUACACGGACCCUAGCUCCUUACGUAAGCAUGUAAAGACAGUACACGGGCCAGAGGCGCAUGUCACCAAGAAGCAGCGUGGGGAUUACCCACGCCCUCCACAGCAGCCGCGGGAGCCUGGGGGCAACAGCCAGGGCCGAUCGCCUGGGCAGCUGCCCCUGGGUGGGUAUACGGACCAAAGGGAGUACUACCAUGUUACCUCAAAACAAGAUGAUUCUCUGCAGGUGAAGUCCAUCAAGACUGAAAAACCCAUGACGUCUCAGCCAAGCCCUGGCAGUCAGUCUACAUGCAGCAGUGUCCAGUCCCCCAUCAGCACCYAUCCCAGCAGUGGAGUCCAGCUUGCUGUGAGCGCCGGACGCUCGCCAGGGAAGGGGCUGGAGGAGGACGAGGAGGAGGAGGAGGAGGAGAAUGACGAGGAGGCAGAAGAGGGGUGCGACGGGGAGCCAGCCCCCGUCGUGGACUCCACGGUCUCCACUGCGACCGCAGCCAUGCUGACCUUGCAGGCGAGGCGAGGCAUUGGCCGGCCCCUGCGCUGGAUGGAGCACAUGAAGAUGGAGAGGCUGAAGCAGGUGAACGGAGCGCUGCCCAGGCUGGGGUCUCUGUCCCCCACACCACCUCCAAAAGGUCUGGCGGUGCCAAACAUCCUGGGGAAGGGAUCCUGCCUGGGCAGGCARUGGGGGAUGUCUGCUCCUCAGCCACCUGCUCACCCCGAGCUGGAGAGCACAGAGCUGACGGUGCUCAGUUUGAUCAGAGACCGGCGUGACAGCAGUGGCAGUGCCACCAGUUCAGCCUACCUGAGCAGCAGCCGGCGGUCUUCGGGCAUCUCCCCCUGCUUCUCCAGCCGCCGAUCUAGCCAGGCUUCCCAGAGCGAGGGCACGGCAUUGGCCGCCAGCCACCGUCGCAUUCAUAACCUCAGCUCCACCGACUCGUACGACCCCAUUUCCACCGAUGCCUCCCGUCGGUCCAGUGAAGCGAGCCAGUAUGGCGGUGGGGUAGCAGGAGGGGUUGCAGGGAUGCUCUCAGGUGGGAGCUGUGGAGGCGUUGGAGUUGGCAUUGGGGGAGGCAGUGGGUCACAAGGGAUGCUCAAUUUAACCCCAGCACAGCACUACCACCUCAAAGCUAAAUAUGCAGCAGCUACUGGUGGCCCGCCUCCCACACCUCUGCCUAACAUGGAGCGCAUGAGUUUGAAGAUUCGAAUGGCCAUGAUGGAAGAGGGUGGCAACAAUCGCUCUCUGCCACCUUUAGUUAGGCCACCUCACUGUGAUGAAAGCAAUGGUGGGUAUAACAAUGGGGGUAUGGGACAUGCAGGUUACAGAAGAAGAGUCUUCUAUCCUGGCGAGGGGCCAAUGAGUGGGAAUCGUCGAGCCAGCGACCCUGUGCGAACACAGGUUUAUGAAAAUUUCAGUUUGCCUCCAGUUCAACGCUUCAACAGCCUUAAUAAUCUCCACCCUCUCCCCCCUCUGACUCAUCAGUUCACACCUGAAUCUCGCAGUUUUAGCCUACAGAACUACACACGCGCUGAGAGCAACGUGCAGAAUUCACCAAACACCUCUAGCAUUGCAGAAAAUGCAGCCUUAGAAGCUCUGGCCAUGGAGAAUGAUGAGGCUAGCCUUCUGCUUGGGGAUGAGGAUAUGUUGCCAGAUGACUUAGUGCAGUAUCUGCACUCCCAGGUUCAAAUGAACACUGCUUAUGUUCAGGCUGAGGACCAUUUAGCUUCUAGUCAACGGGAUACCACCCAUUCAGGAGGCAUGGAGGCAAUCCAGACUUCAGGGUCAGAUGGGACAUUCCUUGGGUCCCAGAGUCUUCAGCAACAGCAGAUAUCAGAAAGGAACAGCCCUAGCAGGCUCCCCAUCCAGUGGAAUGAAGUAAGCUCUGGAAGUGCUGACAGGUCUCCCCAAAAAGAACAAAACCACCAUUCACAGUAUGGAAGGUGGCCUAAUGUAGACCAUGAACCCAAUUCUGUAUCAUUUGGCAAGUUCCGUAAUAUGGUGGUUCACCAUCAGGUGUCUGCCGAUUUCCUGAACAGCUGCUUCCAGGCUAAUCAGCCUUCAAGUGUUUACCCUGGGGUGAAACUAGAAACAACCCCUAACUCCUGCAUGGAGAUGAGAGGUACUGGUCACAACGCAACAAACACCUUUGGUAGRUCAAACGUAAUGCAUACAAACAAUAGGCCUCACCCCCAAAAUCUGAAACAGCACGCAGCCAGUGGAGCUUCAAAACAGAGCCACUUCCAGCAGAGCAACAACAGCAGCACCUCUUGGCAGGUUGGAAACAAUCUAACUCUUGGCAGGGCUUUCAUGGACAGUCUCCCCAGCCUCUCUCAGGAACCUCCUCCUUAUCACGAUCGGCUGGUACAUAUCCCUUACCCACCAAACAAUGGUUCCAAGAACUUGGUCAAGACCCAACAACACUUAAUUUCUGAGAGCUCCAGUGAAAUCCACCCAAGCCCCAACCAACCCCAACAACUACAGAGGAAUGGAGACCACUGUUCUCUUGCAUAUCAGGUAUCAGGGCUGAAACUGGAAAACCCAGACCAUGGAUACGUCGAGCAGGCCUUCACGGACUGCCUCUCUUAUGAACCAGCAGAUUGCAAGGCCUCUUCAUUUCCUGCUUUGGAGGACCAGAGUUUGCUGGACUCCUUGGCUGUCUCUGAGGAACCAGGUGGCGGCAAAGAGAACACAGCUUCCCUUCCCUCCCCAGGAGCAAACCUAGUGACCAGCACGGUAGAUGGUCUUGUGACUGGUGUAUUAAAUGAAGGCGUAAAUCUGGACUUUGGCACCAUGCUGGAGGACGGUUAUGAUCAGGGUAGCUUGGUCUCAGGAGUUUUGAGUCCUUCCAUCUUCCAGGGUCUUUCCAGGACUUCGUCACGCCUUACCACCCCUCGAACAUCAGCUAACUUCCACAGUGUAGCCCCAGGCCUCAGCAACAUGGCCAUUGGAGACAUGAGUUCACUCCUCACUGCCCUCGCUGAGGAAAGCAAGUUCCUGGCUAUCUUGCAAUAGCCACUCCUCCUCUCUGUUUUCUCCUCCCUUGAAAAAAAGAAAAACAGAAGAGUAAAAACAUUGGUGUAUGUGAAGAUUUAAGACACUAAAAGUGGCAAAUAUGAGAACUUAAAAGUUGCCAAACAGUUUUAUUGUAGGAAGAUGUCAUCCCACAAAGAACUGGGAUGUGUCAAAGAAUUUGUAAAAAUAAAGAUGUUAUAUUCCUUUUUCUGGAAUGAAGGCUA